AAUUUUGAUAUUCCCGGGCGCUGGGUGAGAGCGCGAUCUGUGGCAAAAUGAGCUGAAUAUGACAGAGAGUGGGGACAUACGCGUGACGAUGCCGUUUCGCUUCCCGAAAUCGGUCUCUUCGCCCUGGGACGUCUACGAGGCUGGUUGGAACAGGAUUCUCCGGAAAAUUCAGAAAUAGCCAUCGUCAAGUACGAGAGAAUCAAUUUCCCUGUUCAUCAUCGAAUCCGCACUCCAGUCCCAGGGCAAGAGCCACCGUGGGACUCGCCGAACGAAUUACGAGAUAAGUUUAUAUCAUAGUCCCAGUAUUCUGUAUUUUCACUUCGAUUUAUUAAGGUGUAUGUUUUGAGUGUGUGAGAUUUAUGCCUUAUAUUUUUAUGUCGAAUCAAUAUUCAUGAUAUUUGAUGAAAUAUUCAUUAUAUUUUUGUGUCGAAUCAAUAUUCAUUAUAUUUGAUGACGAGCGAUCGUGUUAUGAACCACGCUGAACGAAUUGUACGAUGAAAUGUGUGACGAUCUGAGGAGUAUUAUUGUCUGGAGAUUGUGAAUUGAGAUUUUUGAAUGUGGUAAAUAAUACAGCUAUUCGAAAUAAUAAAAAUAAAGUUAUAAUUUGGCGCCCAACUAGAGGCAAGAUCCUCACGAAAGUACUAUUUAAAGUUCAUAAAAUAUAUUUCUCGUAAAUAAAAACAAUAAAAUAAUAAAUUAUUUGUGAGUGUGUUGUAUAUGGCCGAGAACAGCCAUAUAUACGUAUCAAGAAGUGGUCGCAAAACGAAACAAUUAUUCACUGAUCUCACAUUCUCAGGUACGAAUAAUCGAAAAACAAAAACCAUGCCGAUAAUGAACGACGAAAGAACGAGAAUGACGGAGACAAACAGUCACAAUGAUUUGGGAGAAGAGAGAGAGGAAUUGAAUAGACUUCGUCGUGAGCUCGAGCAAAUGAAAAAAGAUCUCGAAGCAAAGUUGAGCGAGAACGCGCCAGCAGUAAACACGCCUAAUCCAUCAACAUCGAGCGUCGAGGAUUUGAGCAUGGUUAUGAACGCGAAGUUCGGAGAAUACAAUCAACCAUCCGGAGAACGUAAACAACAUAACCGUGGACGGUAUCGAAAUAAUAAUCAUCCCAAGAAUUAUUCCGACACAAAUAAUAUGCCGUAUAAUGGGGGAAAUAUGAAUUUUAAUUUACCCGACACGCGGUUUCCUCCACCGGUAUCGUCCACAGCUCCCGCUCAAAAUAAUAACAUAGGCCAUUAUGAUCCUCCUAGACAGUCGAGUAAUUAUCCUUUAAACUAAAGUGUGACGCGCUGAACAGUGGUCCAUCGGCGCGUCAACAAGGUUUUGAUUUUAUAGACGAUUUGACGAAUGAGAUUCAGGGAGUUGAGGACCACACGAACCACGAUCCUUCGCUAGAAACGUCAAGCCGUUGUCCACACAUUAAAGUGACAAUUUUCGGAGAAAAUAAGAUAAUUUUAUUGGAUUCAGGGAGUCAGAUCACGGCGAUCUCGGAAGAAUUUUAUAAACAACUAGCGAGGAAAUCCAAAAUCGAAUUAUUACCGUUGUCCAGUUUAGUGAUUACUACGGCAAUAGGAAGAGGGAAAACAGUGGUUAAGAGUCAAGCGUAUAUUGAAGUCGAAAUUGCCGAAAAUAAAUUUGCGUAUCCGUUUGUUAUUAUCCCGGGACUAACGUCUCCAAUGAUUUUUGGAAACGACUGGAUGUCGAAAAAUCAGGUUGUGUUGAAUUAUAAAGAUCAUACAAUAGAAAUUGGUGGGUGUAUAUUGCCUAGUUUCGCGAUGAUGUUCCAGCGAGGAGCUCGCGAGUCGCUUCAUUGUGUUCAAGAGAAUACAAGUCUUCACGUAUAUGUCAUGAAUUUUCAAAAAAUGUUAAAUAAUAAUAUUAACCCAGUACCUCCCGCGAACGCUGAUAAUAAUGAAUCGAGGGGGGGGUCAUCUACGCUGCUAGAGGGGAUGAGUAACGCGAAGAUAUCGACGCAAGAAGCGAAAAUAAGUGAGUGUAUCGGAAUCAAACGUAUUGACCAACUAGAAAACCGCGAAAUCAAACAUGAAAAUUCGGAAAGUUUAGAUUUUCGGUCGAUCACUCAAGAGUUAACUUCUUUAUCUGACAACGAAAAACAAAAUCUGUUCUCAGUUUUAAAAGGGCAUCAAUUUCUAUUUUCGAAUAAACCGGGAUGUGCAAAGGGAUACGAACACGAAAUAAAAAUAAUUGAUACAAAGCAGAUCG